AUUUCAACGUACCCAAUUAUGUCGACCAAAACUGUUUUGCUUACUGGUGCUUCAGGGUUCAUUGCCCUCCACAUUCUUGACCUAUUGUUGAAAAAAGGCCACCAUGUCAUUGGUACAAUUAGAUCUCCAGAGAAAGGUGAAAAGCUUAAAGCUCAAUUCCAAAAAGAACAUCCAAAUUCUCAAUUAGAAUUUGAAAUAGUUCAUGAUAUUGCUACUGAAGGCGCUUUUAAUGAAGUUUUGAAAAACCAUCCAGAAAUUACUGAUGUUUUACAUACUGCAUCUCCAUUUUCAUUUGGCUUAAACAAGGAUUUGAAAGAAGCUUACUGGGUUCCAGCUACUCAAGGCACUAAAAAUGUGUUGGAAGCUAUCAAGGCGUAUGCUCCACAAGUUAAACAUGUUGUUAUCACUUCUUCAUUCGCUGCAAUUGUCAAUCGUGAAAAAGGUGGUGAUGAAACAUUCAUUCAUACUGAAGAAACUUGGAAUCCAAUUACCUGGGAUGAUGUUGAUGGUGAAGCUAAAGCUUAUACCGCUUCUAAGAAAUUAGCUGAAGAAUUAGCACGUAAAUUUGUUAGAGAUGAAAACCCAAAUUUCACUUUAACUACUGUCAAUCCACCUUAUGUCUUUGGACCUCAAAAAUUUGAAGAUUCAUUAGUUAGUCCAAAUUUGAACACUUCAGCUGAAAUUGUUAAUAAGUUACUGUCAUCAUCUCCAAAUGAUACACAUUUCUUUGAACAACCAUUUGGAACUUCAGUUGAUGUUCGUGAUGUUGCAUUACUUCAUGUUUUACCUAUUGAAAAUGAUGAACUGGCAGGGAAAAGGUUGUUCCCAACUCAAGCAGCUUUCAAUGGACAAGUUUUAUUAAACAUCAUCAAUAAAGAGUUCCCUGAAUUGAAUGGCAAGAUUGCAAAAGGUUCACCAGAAGGAGCUGAGGAGAAAGUUAAAGAAACUGAAACUUUUUAUGAUACUUCAAAGACUUUAAAAUGGGCAGGAAUUAAACAAUGGAUCCCAUUAGAACAAACCCUCAAGGAUGCUGUUUCUCAAAUCUUGACCUUCAGAAAAGCCAAGUAGUGCAGCUUGAGAAAAAUGAGGUAGACACCUCUGGAGUUAAGAGCUGUGAAUAGAGAGUACAUCAUCACCCUAAAACUCUUCAAAUAGCUGUUAUUUGUCUGAAAUGAAUGUUUACCCAAUUAAACUUGUGAAUAGCAUUACUGAAUGUAGUAUUCUGUAAGUUAUUGGUUAGAUUCCACUUUGUUUGUGCUUGAUUGGAA